GCGGCGGCGGCGGCGGCGGGCGGGCGGCGGCGGGCCGAAGGGGCGCGGGGACUCGGCCGGGCGCCCCUGCCCGCCGCGGUGCCCGCCGCCUGAAGGCUGCCCGGGGGCGCGGAGCCGGCGCCGGCGCGCGCGGGCGCAGGAGGCGACUCGAGGCGCGAUGUCGGUGCCGCUGCUCAAGAUCGGGGUUGUGCUGAGCACCAUGGCCAUGAUCACCAACUGGAUGUCCCAGACGCUGCCCUCGCUGGUGGGCCUCAACACCACCAAGCUCUCGGCGGCCAGCGGCGGGACGCUCGACCGCAGCACCGGCGUGUUACCCACCAACCCCGAGGAGAGCUGGCAGGUGUAUAGUUCCGCCCAAGACAGCGAGGGCAGGUGUAUCUGCACAGUGGUCGCCCCCCAGCAGACCAUGUGUUCCCGGGAUGCCCGCACGAAACAGCUCAGGCAGCUGCUGGAGAAGGUGCAAAACAUGUCUCAAUCCAUAGAGGUCCUGGACAGGCGAACUCAGAGAGACUUGCAGUACGUGGAGAAGAUGGAAAACCAAAUGAAGGGGCUGGAGUCCAAGUUCAAACAGGUGGAAGAGAGCCAUAAGCAACACCUGGCCAGGCAGUUCAAGGCGAUAAAAGCGAAAAUGGAUGAACUUAGGCCUUUGAUACCUGUGUUGGAAGAGUACAAGGCCGAUGCCAAAUUGGUAUUGCAGUUUAAAGAGGAGGUCCAGAAUCUGACGUCAGUGCUUAACGAGCUGCAAGAGGAAAUUGGCGCCUAUGACUACGAUGAACUUCAGAGCAGAGUGUCCAAUCUUGAAGAAAGGCUCCGUGCAUGCAUGCAAAAACUAGCCUGUGGCAAGCUGACGGGCAUCAGUGACCCCGUGACCAUCAAGACCUCUGGCUCGAGGUUCGGGUCCUGGAUGACAGACCCUCUGGCCCCAGAAGGGGACAACAGGGUUUGGUACAUGGACGGCUACCACAACAACCGCUUCGUCCGUGAGUACAAGUCCAUGGCCGACUUCAUGAGCACGGACAAUUUCACGUCGCACCGCCUGCCGCACCCCUGGUCCGGCACGGGCCAGGUAGUCUACAACGGCUCCAUCUACUUCAACAAGUUCCAGAGCCACAUCGUCAUCAGGUUCGACCUGAAGACAGAGGCCAUCCUGAAGACGCGCAGCCUGGACUACGCCGGCUACAACAACAUGUACCACUACGCCUGGGGCGGCCACUCGGACAUCGACCUCAUGGUGGACGAGAACGGGCUGUGGGCCGUCUAUGCCACCAACCAGAACGCCGGCAACAUCGUGAUCAGCAAGCUGGACCCUGUAUCCCUGCAGGUGCUGCAGACGUGGAACACCAGCUACCCCAAGCGCAGCGCCGGCGAGGCCUUCAUCAUCUGCGGCACGCUCUACGUCACCAACGGCUACUCCGGGGGCACCAAGGUGCACUAUGCCUACCAGACCAACGCCUCCACCUACGAGUAUAUCGACAUCCCCUUCCAGAACAAGUACUCGCACAUCUCCAUGCUGGACUACAACCCCAAGGACCGCGCCCUCUACGCCUGGAACAAUGGCCACCAGGUUCUCUACAACGUCACCCUCUUCCACGUCAUCCGGUCUGACGAGUUGUAGUCGCCCCCGCCCGGGGGCCCGAGGGGCGUAUCCUCGCCCGCGUGGACGUCUCCGCCAAGUAGCUGCCAAGAUAAUCUGACGAUACUAAUAAUAUACUAACUUCCGGACCAGCAGCAGCAGCGUCACCUCCGUGCACCUCUGGUCCGAGCAAGAGGGCGACACCCUUGGGAAGAGACCCCCCCACCCCGUCUUUGCAGCUGGAACUGCAGUCCAGGGCUCCUUGGCCCCCACCCCCCACCACCGUCCCCCCCGCCCGGCCCCCUUUCUGGUCAAACAACCUGCCACAGCAGCAAGGCGAUGACUGUUGGCCGGUGCUCGGCCGAGAACAACCACCGUCAGGUCGCACGGGCCUCGCCCGAGAUCGUGCCCAGCUCUGGCGGACGUGACCCCCCCCAUGUCCCAUCCAGGGCUCCCCGACCCCCACACCCCCACCCCGGGCUGCUCCGGGCAUCCGCAGGGGCCGACAUAGGCUAGUGUGACUCCUCCGAGACGGCCGCCCUCUCUCCACCGCGUGUCCUGUCGUAGCGAGGCUCCGCGUCCCCACGGACCCGCGUGGGGCGCACAGCCGCAGCGCCCACUUGUUCGAGCUCGUGUCCCCCGUAGAUAUAUUGUGCCACGUCUGUCUGUCCUUUCCUUGAGGUGGUAGCUCUGUGUUCAGUUGAUGCAGUGAAUGUUGUAAAUGCAGUGCUGUAGUUUGGGUUAAUAAGUGGAUGGUUUUUGUUUCCAAAAAGAAAAAAAAAUAUUCAGUGUUCACCCUUAGAAAGAGGUAAUUGAGUUCAUGCUGAUAGUAAUCAAAGGAAUUCUUCUCCUCCUGUUAAAUUAUGUCAAUAAUGUAACCAUGGGUGGGAAGGGCUUGUUGGGAAACUCCGUUUCCACGGGGAAAGGAACGUUCCUGAGGGUAACAGAACACGGGAAGUACAGGUUUUCAGUAGAAACGAGGGGAACUUUGUACCGUCCAGUUAUCUAAGGAACAAUAAAGAUAGUAGGAGAUAUUG